AUGCUGACGCCCGAAGAAAUAGCUAUGAUGCCCAUAACGAUCGACUCGUACGGUCCGGAUGUUGCCCGAGCCAAGAAAUACGUCUACUUGUCCGGGGCCGCGUACUGUUUCGACAUUCCCGCCUGGACGUGUCCGUACUGUAAGAAAUCGCAAAGUUUUGGGUAUGAGUUCCACUCGCAAAUUGUCAACAAGGAGGCCAACACGCUAGCUUUUAUCGCGGUUAACAAGGACCUCAAGGAGAUCGUGGUUUCGUAUCGGGGGACGCUAAACAUGCAAAAUCUCGUGCAGGACACGCACCCUUCCAUCGUUAGCAUUGAGGCGGGUUCCACUUCGCUCGAGAGGGGUAAAAAGAGCAAAGGACCGGAAAUAUGGGUCCACACGGGCAUGAUUAACGCGACUAACUCGCUCUACCCGGAAGUAGUGGAAAAAUUGGGCAAGCUGCUGAAAAAGCAUCCCGACUUUGAUGUGGUGGUGAUAGGACUUGCCAGAUUAUUGCCACAGCCUCGGCGCGGCUGCAGCGUCGCUCACUCUUUCUUGCUAAAAGAAGAACUCGGACUCCCCAAAGAUUUUCCUACACCGAAAUCCUACUCUUAUUUCGGCUACGGCACUCCCCGGGUGGGAAAUCAGGCCUACGCGGACUACUGGAACGCUCAACCAAUGCAAAUUACCCGGGUUAUAAAUAAGGCGGAUUUUGCCGCGUAUACGCCCUCCGCUCUGGGUGGAUACGUCCAUAACGGUAACGAGCUAUGGAUCAUGCUGACUGGAGGAGAAAAAGUGUGCUCCAAGAUGGUGUACGAAGACCUAAGUUGUGCCAACUCUCUCGCCGCGUUGUCCAACGUGCACGACCAUUUGCACUACUGGGAUGUCCACUUUUUGUCCUGCGCAGGAGCAGAUCCGGUCGCCACGGCGAAACAGUUCGUGAUUGAUAUGCCUUCAGAGUAA